UCCAAACAAACCUCUAAUAAGGUUUACAACGAUUUCAUACAACUUCUUGUGGACGCGAAUAACAAUAAGGAAGAGAUUCACGACAACGACAAUGAUAUCGAUGAAUCACAUCACGUGAAUGAAGGAGAAGAAGAGAGAGCUGUGGAGAGGAAGACAUUAUCGGUAAACAUAGGGAAUAAACAGUUGAGUGAGGAUGAGAUGAAAGCUCAGGGAUGGAUAUUCUUCAUCGCGGGUUAUGAGACAACGGCAACCACUUUGACGUUCUGUUCGUACGAAUUGGCACUCAAUCCACACAUUCAGCAAAGACUUUACGAAGAGGUCGAGUCCGCCGUCGACUCCAACGGAGAGAUUAGUUAUGAAGUGUUGGCAAAACUCCCACUUCUGGACGCAAUCCUCUCCGAAACCCUACGCCUGUAUCCGCCCGUUAUUAGACUCGAGAGGAAAGCACAGACAGACUAUAAGUUGGGCGACACUGGGAUCCAGUUAUACGCGGGACAAGACAUCGAGAUUCCGGUCUAUGCUAUCCAUCAUUCGGAAGACUUUUACCCGAAUGCCCACAAAUUUGACCCUGAUCGAUUUAUGCCUGAAAACAGACACAAAAUCAUUCCCUAUACAUACCUACCCUUCGGCGCCGGUCCUCGUAAUUGCAUUGGUAUGCGGUUUGCGUUAAUGGAGGCUAAGUUAGGGUUGGCUCAGAUCGUACGCCGGUAUCGCUUCUUCCGAUCGUCACAAACAGCAGUUCCCCUCCAAUUCAGACCAAUCAGUCGUCUAUUGGCCGCCAAAGAAGUUGUGGUCGGAAUUGAAAAAAGAUAA